AUGUCCUCCUCUCCCUCCCGUGAACACUCUGUCGAUCACGAGGAGAAUUCUACCGCUAGUGAUGUCGGCGCCGUAACUGGUUACACGUUCACCAAGUCUCAACUGGACUUCAUGAGGGACCGCGUCGAUGCGUAUGUCGGAACGGCCUCCAAAAAGCGCCGGCGGUUUUUCAAGCGGAUAUGCGACCAUCUUGGGCAAAAAAUCGAAAAGGAGCGCGGAAAACCGAUGUUGCAAAGUGAAGAAAAAAAGCUAUUGCAGGGGAUACGCACCUGGUUCAAAGCACAGACGAAAACAACGAGGAAAAGCAAGGAUGAUUACUCCACAAAUUGGUACCCCCGCCUAGUCUAUAUGAAAUCUAAACGGCGCAGAACAAAAGCAAUGGCAAAACGGAUGCUCAAGGGAGACUGGGACGUGGAUCGGUUCUUGGAAGAGUACGACUCCGACGCUGCACCCGGGACAUAUGGCUCCGACGACGAUGAUGUACCAAAACGCAAGGGUCGGAAAGGGGGGGAAGGAGAUUGGUUCUUCAACUAUUACCAGGAUGCUGCCAGAGAGCUUAUGUCUCGGUUAUCGGAGUCCCAGCACGCUCACUACGAGACACUCGCAGCCAAAUGGAACGCCACCGGACCGCCGCCAAAGAUCCAAGCCGAGAACGCAGACAAGAAGGCAAGCAAGAAAGCGUAUGACUGGGCCAAGGAUAUGGACAAAGACUUUAACUGCAUAUCCAUGACUUUCUUGGGUUGGAGGCGAGCGAACGGUAGGCCCAUCGCAAUCCUCUCGGAGUUCAACAAAGAUUUUGGCCGGUCAACCGACUUCUCUGAACGGAACCGCGAUGAUGUCCAGGCGCUCUUCCGAGAGUUUCGCAAUUAUGUGUACGACGAAUUCGAUACCAAACCGACCGAUUCGGACGAAGAGGAGGUCCGUCUCCCAGCAGACACGCGAGGGAGUAAGAAGCCGUUAAUCCCAAUGGUUCGCAACUCGUAUGGCGAACCUAUCCUCCCCAACCCCAACACUCGACCAAGAAACGUCCGGGAGCACGACUGGUAUACCGACAUUCUCAGGUCGUUCUUCAUCUACCAUUACCAGCUGUCAGGAAACUUCAAGACUGUCGACUCUUUUCGAUUCCCAUGGACACAGUUGGCGGCCAACCGUCGUGCUUUCAUCUCAGAGGAAGUGAUGCCGCAGAACAUCGUCGAUCACAUAAAGGAACCGUCGUCGAUGCGUCUUGGUCCCAAAAAGGAGGUUUUUAAUUACCUGUACGACUUGCAGUCAGAAGCCCGUGUGGAUGAAGAAGCUGCCGAUGAGCUUCUUUUCGAGCUACAUGCUUACCUCGACCCAAAGGACAACAUAUUGCCCAGAAAUCCUCGAAAACGGCAAGGAGAUGUAACCGGCGACCAACACGAGUAUACAGUGUUGGGAGGAGAUUCAAAGGAUGGAGCAGGAGGUAAACGAGGCAAGAAGAAAGAACCGGAGAGGAAGAAGGGAUCCAAGGAGAAGGCUGCAGGGGGAAAGGUCGAUAAGACUGCAGGUUCGCGCAAGAAGAAGGCACCCCGUCUCUCGGAUGAAGAGGAGGCCAUCUCUACCGACGGCAGCGAGGAAAGCGACAGUUUUUCGAUGCGAACCGAUUCUGGUGAUUCCGAUCUGGCGUCAGAAGGCGACUAUGACGAUCCCCAUUACGAAGGCGACUCAGAGGAAACCGAUUCAGAGGAAAGUGAGUCGGAAGACGACAACGAGGAAGACGAGGACGAGGAAGAUGGAGAAGCAGAAGGGACGGGCUUUCAGCGGCGAGACAUGCCAGAGAAGUUUGUGUUCGACUACAGAAGUAGUAGCGAGAGCGAAGAGGAGGGCCAAAGAUCGAAGAGAGGAGGGAUUCAACCAGAUGAAGAGUCAACGGCGCCUGAAGCGGAAAACAGUUCAGAAUCCGGUGAGGAUGACCUGGCACAGGCGGCGGUGACCGAGCGACAAUCGUCGAAGAAACGAGCAUCGAAGAAGGGUUCAAAUUCGAAGGAGUCGGCAGACGGGAGGGCUAGUGGUGAAAGCGCCGUGGAUGAAAAGGUGUCGAGUUUCAAGGGAGUCAGGACAAGGAAGCAGAAGGAGAUGGCGGAACGAGGGUUGACACUCCCCCCAGAGUCGGCAUCUCAGAUCGGUCGCAAGCGUAAGCGCAGGGGGACGACAAGUGAAGCGCCUGAAAAGCGUGAUCGCCGUCCCAAACGGGCCAAGGAAAUUCAACAAGAGCCCACAGACCGGGGUAAGAGGGCCACAAGUGGUGGAACCGAUCGUCCUCGCGAGGUCCAGAAGGCACAGGGUGAGGCUAAUACCGUCGGAGGAAAAAAGACCAAAGUACCGCCGGCCACUCCCAUAAAGCGCAGUCAAAGGCUCGCAUCGCAAACGCCGCAAAGAAUCACUCGAGCAUCGGCCAAGAGUCCUGUCAAGCAAAAAGGGAGGAGGUAA